AUGAGUUCGGAGCAGAAGAAGCUGAUGAAGAAUCUUUUGCUCGAUAUGAUACUGUUAGGGCAGGAUGUUUGCUCAGCAAUUAACAGGUCCAACUCCUUCAAGGUGAAAUGCAGCGAGUUGGGAAUGCGAGUGAAUCGGCUCUUGCUAAUGCUGCGUAGCCUGCCUCGGUUCCUCACUUCUGCUGCUCCCUUUUACUUGCUGUCAGUGAACAGCAUAGUUGUCAAGCUCGAGGACAACUUCAAGGUAGCUCAGCGCGUUGUACACAAUUGCAAGCCCCGACGUCGGCUUUGUAGAUUCUUCACUGGCCAUAUCCGUAUUUCAACCGAUUUUCAAGAGCUCUUCCACGUUUUAGAUGCUUCUAUCACCGAAAUGGAGUGGCUGGUUAGCCAUUAUGAGCCCCAAAGCAAAGACAGAGGCUCGAUGUACUCCCCUACAGUUUUGGUCUGGUCUUGUAUCGCCACUGUCGAAAUGGGGCCAAGCUUAGAUGAUCGAAUCGAGGCCGCUAAUCGUCUUGCAUCACUCGUUCAACAAAAAGAUUUUGAGUAUAAGCAGCUCAUUUUUGAAGGUGGGUUACCUUCAUUAAUAAAGCUUUUGAAGGAGAAUUCUCCGGUUGCUCAUAUUGCAGCCGCUAAUGCACUUUGCCUUUUAGCUAAUGAGGAGGAGGAAAAGAGUGGAACUAUUAUGAAGGAAUUGAUUCAUACAAUUGCAAGUCGUUUAUCAAGAACAUCUUCGAGAUGCGGUCAAAAGCAAGCUGCCGACUUGGUUGCCGACAUUGCAGAGCGUAACCCAGAGUUGAAACUGUUGCGGAAGCGACGAUAA